UAUAGGAAAAAUUGGAAUGUGAAAGUAGGGAAGUAGAAGAAGUAAGAAAAAGAGAUCUACCCCUUGAAAUUGAAAUUGAAUUGAAUGCAGAGCAGUGGCAGUGGACCCUCACCCCCUCACUCACUGCUCUUCACUCUCCUAACUAAGCAGUAGGCACUACCACUCCUAAUUAUCCCCUGCUCUUUUCUUCCUCUCCAGUCAUUUCCACAUAUACAAAUGGCCAGCAGAAUCCAAUCUCAUCAGCUUAAAAAUGGCCUCUUCGUCUCCGGCAGAAGAGAGCACCACCUCAAAGAGAAGCAACCCACAAUGGCCUCGCGCUCCGUUCCCUACACCGGCGGUGACAUCAAGAAAUCAGGCGACCUUGGCAAAAUGUUCGAUAUCCCACCUGCCGAUCAACCUCCUAAUAUAAAGCAACCCUCACGCUCCUCUUCUUCUUCUCUCCAAACAAGCGGAUCCCUUCGAUCCGCUCCCAAUUCCGGGCCCGUCAAGAAAUCAUCGGGCCCCAUGCCUCUCCAGCCCACCGGUCUCAUCACCUCCGGGCCCCUCGCCUCCUCCGGCCCUCUCCCUCCUCCCCACAGGAGAUCCGGCCAGCUCGACCAUUCCACUUCCGGGGUCGGGGCAGCCGCCUCCAGCAAAGCCCUGUACGGGUCGGCCGUGACCAGCUUGACGGAGGAUGUGAAGGUUGGGAUUAAGGUAUCGAGGCCGGUGGUGUGGGUGGUAAUGGUGGUGGCGGUGAUGGGAUUGCUGGUGGGGGCCUUCCUUAUGAUAGCGGUUAAAAAGGCGAUCAUCUUGGUGGCUGUGGUGGCCUUGCUGGUUCCCCUAAUUGUGGGGCUUCUCUGGAAUUGCGUGUGGGGAAGGAGAGGGCUGUUAGGGUUUGUUAAGAGCUAUCCUGAUGCAGAGCUCAGAGGUGCUAUUGAUGGUCAGUACGUCAAGGUCACUGGGGUUGUUACUUGUGGCAGCAUACCUUUGGAAUCAUCUUACCAGAGAGUGUCCAGGUGUGUAUAUGUUUCCACAGAGUUGUAUGAAUAUAGGGAAUGGGGUGGAAAACCUGCAAAUGCGAAGCAUCAUUUCUUCUCAUGGGGGUCUAGAUAUUCAGAGAAAUAUGUGGCGGAUUUUUACAUAUCAGAUUUCCAGUCUGGAUUAAGAGCAUUAGUGAAGGCAGGUUAUGGGGCAAAGGUUGCUCCUUUCGUGAAACCAGCUACAGUAGUGAAUGUAAAGAAGGAGAAUAGAGAUUUAUCUCCAAGCUUCUUACGUUGGCUAGCUGAUCGCAGUCUCCCCGGUGAUGACCGAAUUAUGCGCCUCAAAGAAGGGUAUAUCAAAGAAGGUAGCACAGUAAGUGUGAUGGGUGUGGUUCGAAGGCAUGACAAUGUUUUGAUGAUUGUUCCUCCACCAGAGCCUGUCUCAACAGGCUGUCAACGGUUCCAAUGCCUCCUCCCAACCUAUGUAGAAGGUCUAGUUUUGACAAGUGAUGAAAAUCAAGAUACUGAUGUAGUUCCUGUGUAGAUAUUGCAAGUUCCACAAUAAUAUUGGUCUUCUCUUGAACUGGAUUUCACACCUUUUCUUGAAAUGGAAUCGUCAGGCAGCGCAAGCCACAUCCUCUGUGUUUCCAGGUAUUAAAAGUGCAGAAGAGAAGUGGCAGAGUGGCAAAGGAUGAAGAUCAUGUAUAAACGGAAGUUUGGAGAUAGUGAUAUAUGGUUUGGAGAUUGCGACAGGAACUCACUAGCAAUGUAUUUGUGCAAAGAAGCUGAAAAGUAAGAGCAUUAUGAUGCAUUUUGUAUUUUGGCUGAUUUAUGUAAAAAGUUAGCAGAGCUACCCAAAGGGGUCUAGAAAUGGUUGCUUACCUUAUAUGAACUUGAUUUUGGUAUGGAGAGUAAAAUUGCCUGCACUUUACGUUUC